UAAUUAAUUUAUGAUUUUAUUGGGACCAUUUAUUUACCUAAGAAUUUUAAAAUAUUAUUAUCUUAUUUAAUUAUGUCAUAUUUUACUCCGGCUUAACUUGUGACUAGAGAAAUUUAUUGAUUUAUCUUGUUUAUUAAUUUAUCAAAUAUUAAUUUAUAAAGUUUCCACUGUAAAUAGUUUCAUAAACUUAUUAAGUAAUACUCCCUCCAUUUUUUAAUAUAAGUCGUUUUAGAACUGUGCACAUAGAUUAAAAAAAAUCAUUAAUUUUUUUUAUUUUAUAAACAAAAACAUCAUUAACUAUUUACCUAACCACAAAUCAACCAAUAAUAAAAUAGAAGGUAUAUUAUCAUUGGUCAUAUAACAUUAAGUGUUAAUAAAUUUUACAUAAAAAGCCGAAAACGUUAUAUAAUUUGGAACAUAAAAAUUUCUCUAAAACAAUUUAUAUUAAAAAAACGGAGGGAGUAUAUAUUUAGAUAACUUUUAAAUACUGUAUCAAUCAUAAUCUCCAUAAUUAGGUGAGAUUAGAGUUAACUUGUAACUGAUCAAUCUUAAGUCAACAACUUUCACAUCUACCAAUAUCCUUUUUUUUGGUAUCUUAUCUAGCAAUAUCUAGAGUUGACACCAAUAUCUCGAACUCAGCAAGGAUGGAUGUAAAUAUCUAAAUACCUUGACUUUGCAGAUCUGAUGACAAACGUCCUAAUUUGGACACUAAGAUAAUGGAAUCAAUCCCAAGGCUAAUAAGGCAUUAUAUCGCGCGCGGAUUCUCAUAGUUCCCUUAAAUUUUCGAGACCAACGUUUCAUAUUCGUUUAUAAAUACUCAUCCUUCUUUUUCAGUAGAUUGUAAAUUAAGUCUGAGAAAACAAACAAACAAACAAACAAAAACAUGAAUCUAGCAUUGGCCUUUGCGGUGUUACUCGCAAUUCUUGUGUCGGUGGCUGACGCUGAGUGGGACGACGCUCACGCUACGUUUUACGGCGACAUUAACGGCGGGGAAACCAUGCAAGGAGCAUGUGGUUACGGAAAUCUAUUCCAAGAAGGUUAUGGGUUAGAAACGGCCGCGCUAAGCACGGCGCUCUUCAACAACGGCAAGACAUGCGGCGCUUGUUUCGAGCUCGUAUGUGCAAACUCACGAUGGUGCAAACCAAACGCCGGCUCCAUCACAGUCACAGCAACUAAUUUCUGCCCACCCAAUUACUCCCCACCGCUUAAUACACGUUGGUGCAACCCUCCAAACAAGCACUUCGAUCUAUCGAUGAAAAUGUUCAUUUCCAUCGCCGAGUACAGCGGAGGGAUAGUUCCUGUGAAGUUCCGGCGAGUGAAGUGUCAGACGAGAGGCGGUGUGAGGUUUGAGAUCAAGGGGAAUCCUUAUUUCAUCAUGGUUUUGGUGUAUAACGUUGGAGGUGCAGGAGAUGUAACUAGUGUGGCCAUUAGAGGGAAUAAUAGUCCAUGGAUCCCUAUGCAGAGGAACUGGGGACAAAACUGGAAUACUGGUGUGCGUUUGGUGGGACAAAGACUCUCGUUUUUGGUCCAAACCAGUGAUGGUAUGAGCAUGACGUUCGUUGAUGUGGCGUCAGAGAAUUGGGGGUUCGGUCAAACUUUUGAAGCAAGUCGAGCAACAUUAAACUUUCAUUAGACUUCAGAUGAUUUUAGUUUCUAGAGCUUUUAGUUGGAAGCUACUAUUUCAUCAUUGAAUAAAAACUGUAACAUUCGGUGUUGUGGUAUAUAUAUUCAAAACUGGGAUUUUUGAAACCAU